UCAAAGAGAAAGACAAAUGGAAAAACAAGUCGAAUCUGCUGCGAUGGUGUUGAGUAAGAUCAGUCGCUCUCACCUUGAGUGUAGUAUCUGUCAUGAGAAAUACCAAGCACCCAAGCUACUCGAUUGUCUCCAUAGUUUUUGUGAGAGGUGCCUCGUGGCGUACAAGAAAUCAACGGCUAAGUCUUCAGAUAUGAUGCCAUGCCCAGUUUGUAGGAAGGAGACCAAGCUAUCUUCAGAUGGUAUUCCUGGCUUGAGAACCAACUUUCAUCUCAUGGGGAUGGUGGAUGACUUCACGCUCCAAGAGAAACUGACGCAGCAGAAAAGCUUCAAGCUGCUUUGCGAGCUGUGUCAGGAUCAACCGAAGGCAGAGUUCAGAUGCAUGGAUUGUCCAUUCUUCCUGUGUGUCAACUGUCGUGAGGUCCACCGUCGUAUUGCUGCUACUACCCAUCACGAUGUCUUAGCGCUUGAUGCCUUACGGUCCGGUACCGUCAGUCUCCGAUCUAAGGUAAAAGAUGAGCCACCUUGCGAGAAACACCGAGGUGAGAAGAUGAGGUUCUACUGCGAGACCUGCAAAGAAUUGAUCUGCAGAGAUUGCACCGUGGUUGAACAUCGCGAAUCGGAGCACAAGUUCACGACUGUACAUGAUGCCGCUUCCCGCUUCAGGAAAGCUACCCAGGAGCGGAUCGUCAAAGUCAAAGAAAGCUUAACGGCGCACAAAGAAACCCAAGUCGAGAUGACCAAAAUGGCCGAUCAGUUAAACAAAACUGAUUCCCUUAGUCAUCAACAGGUGAUCGAUCAGGCAAACGAAGAAGGAAGCAAGAUUGCCGAACGCGAAUCCAACAUCCGGAAAGACCUCUCCCGGCGUAAAAAGUUUCGUCUGAAAACAUUGCAAAUAAACGGGAUUAGUUUUACCAAGUCACGACCCCAGGAAUCGAAGUCGACGGAAUCAUCAAGCACAGCAGAGGAAAACAUGCAGAAAUACUCCCAAAGCUUAGAAGACAAGUUCGCUAAAGUUGACAAGGCACUCGUUACACUUGGACAGAACGUAGAAACGCUGAUCAAAACUGAUCAGGACAUGCAUUCUGUGAUAGACAGCUUGAACGAAGAAGCUCUGAAAGAUGCCAACGAUGACAGAUCCAAAGCUGCUGCCAGUAAAGACAAGCUGUCAUCACAGAUUCAAAGCACCUACGAUCUGAGACAACAAGUAAUCAAGGAGUUGGCAAAGAUGACUGACGCGCAGAUACAGCGCCUGAGCCACGCGUUGGAUACCGCCAGUGACGUAGUCAAGUCUGCCUCUGACGUCGACUUCCUCAACCUUCACUCUGUGAUUGACAGCGACCUGCAAAACCUUCUUGAGGAGAGUCCAGCUAACCUUCAUCCCGGCUAUCCGAAGAUUGAGUUCAAGAGCAGCGAUGAUACUGGGCUGGGGGAAUUAGUUGUUGGUGCGACAUGGAAGUGGGAGAAAGACAUGUCCUCAGCUGGUAAUUAUCUGGUGAGGAAUUUCUGUGCGUUUACAUCAGGCAGUAAAGUACUGGUAAGGACAGACGGCGGGCUCUGUGUUUGGGACACAACCAACUCAUCAAAAACUGGGCAGGGCGUAUCAGGGGAAAGAAUCGCCAUGUUUCCUGAUAAUGCUUUCGUCUCAAUGGAUUCUUCCUAUGUUCGCCUCUACGAUCUGAAUUCAUCUUCGCCCAAGUCUCAGUUUAAUCUCCCCAGCACCAUCAAACAGGAUGGCUCCGACAACGACACUACUCUCGGGCAGCCCAUCAGCAUUGCACACUACAAGGAUAAGCUGCUCGUUAUUGGGUACACUAAUUGGCAGGGAGUCUUGGUACACGACUCGUCAGAUGGCAAGGUCAUCCACCAACUACCCAUCAGCAUCAAACCAGACUUCCUGACUUCUACCAGCCAUGGGCGAAUGCUGGUGGCGGCAAGGAGCCCGGCGGUCAUCGAGGUGAUUGACAGCAGAGGGGACGCUGUUGUUACCAUACAUCCCACCGUAGAGGGCGUUCCUGAAGGUAAGCAGGUAGGCUGUGUCGGUAUGUGUCGUGAUAAACGCGAUACCAUCUACGUGGCAUUGUUGAUAGAUGGUGAGUCUAAGGUCCAUGUUCACCAGUACAGCCCCUAUGCUAACUUCUUAGGUUGUUCGAUCCUGGAUAUUUCACCUCCUGUGUGUGGUAUCGCUGUUACCGAGGAGGAUCGGUUGGUACUUGCUGAAAAUUAUAAAAUGAAAGUGUACGAAACAAAAGACUAG